UGGUGCCCAUGGUAGGUGAGCGGACAGAAGUUGUGUGGCGGCGAACAGAGAGGGCUCUCAGUCUGGAGGAGCACUCGAGUGAGCGAGGACGGAUGCUCGGGCAGUGGUCCUGGCAGCGGCGGUGGCGGCAGUAGUGGUGGCAGGAGAGAGGAAGGGGGAGGGCCCCAGGGCUACACAAGCUUCCACUCUCAAGUUCCCUGGGAGGGAGGGGACAGUGGGGCUGCAGAGAACGGCAGCAGUCCCAUCUGCCCCGGACCGUCUCCCCCUCUGCUUCUUGCUCCCUGGCUCGGCGAGAGUUGAGGGCUUGGGUCGUGCAGCAGGGCAGUGAGGACCAGAGGGCCAGGCGAGCGGGGAGCCGGAGCCAGGGGUGCCAAGGAAGAUGCCCAUCCUGCUCUUCCUCAUAGACACGUCCGCCUCUAUGAACCAGCGCACUGACCUGGGCACCUCCUAUCUGGACGUUGCCAAAGGCGCUGUGGAGUUAUUCCUGAAGGUAAAGGGAGGGGAGGGGAGAGGCAGGGAGAGCCCCCAGGGAUGGGUCGGAUUCAGGUGCUUCUGUAACGUCCGUGUCGCCCCCUCCCUCUUCCCUGCGCUGCCCUCCGUCAUCUCUGCUCCGCAGCUGCGCGCCCGCGACCCGGCCAGUCGCGGAGACAGGUACAUGCUGGUCACCUACGAUGAGCCCCCGUACUGCAUCAAGGCUGGUUGGAAGGAAAAUCACGCAACAUUCAUGAGUGAACUAAAAAAUCUUCAGGCUUCUGGACUGACUACUCUUGGUCAGGCUCUAAGAUCCUCAUUUGAUUUGUUAAAUCUCAAUAGAUUAAUAUCUGGAAUAGACAAUUAUGGACAGGGUAGAAAUCCAUUUUUUUUAGAACCAUCUAUUUUAAUAACCAUCACAGAUGGAAACAAGUUAACAAGUACUGCUGGUGUUCAAGAAGAGCUUUUUCUUCCUUUGAAUUCUCCUCUGCCCGGAAGUGAACUAACCAAAGAACCUUUUCGUUGGGAUCAAAGGUUAUUUGCCCUGGUGUUGCGUUUGCCUGGAGUGGCUUCUACUGAACCAGAGCAUCUAGGGAGUGUACCAACUGAUGAGUCUGCCAUCACACAGAUGUGUGAAGUCACAGGAGGUCGCUCCUAUUGUGUCAGAACACAAAGAAUGCUGAAUCAAUGUUUAGAAUCCCUAGUUCAAAAAGUUCAGAGUGGUGUCGUUAUUAACUUUGAAAAAACGGGACCAGAUCCACUUCCUGUUGGUGAAGAUGGACUUACAGAUUCAUCUAAGCCAAGCAAUCCAUUUGCUGCUCAACCCUGGCAUAGUUGUCAUAAGCUCAUUUAUGUACGACCGAAUCCUAAAACUGGCGUUCCUGUUGGACAUUGGCCAAUUCCAGAAGCUUUCUGGCCAGAUCAGAACUUACCGUCCCUAGGACACAGGCCUUUGCAGCCCAGCCAAAAGCAUCCUGAACCCCAGCUAUACAAGCCACCACGAACAUCUCAUCCUGUUGUGAGGUUCUCCUGUGUAGAUUGUGAGCCAAUGGUAAUAGACAAACUUCCCUUUGACAAAUAUGAACUUGAACCUUCACCCUUAACUCAGUACAUCUUGGAACGCAAAUCUCCCCAUACCUGCUGGCAGGUGUUUGUUAAUAACAGCGGAAAAUACAAUGAACUUGGAUAUCCAUUUGGUUAUUUAAAAGCCAGUACGACUUUAACUUGUGUAAACCUCUUUGUGAUGCCUUACAACUACCCAGUUUUACUCCCUCUUUUAGAUGACUUGUUUAAAGUUCACAAACUUAAGCCCAAUCUGAAGUGGCGACAGGCUUUUGACAGCUACUUAAAAACUCUGCCUCCAUACUUCUUAUUACCAUUAAAGAAAGCACUAAGGAUGAUGGGAGCUCCAAAUCUGAUAUCAGAUAAUUUAGAUUGUGGACUUAGUUACAGUGUUAUCUCUUACCUUAAAAAACUCAGCCAACAGACCAAACUAGAGUCAGAGCGAAUACUAGCAUCAGUAGGGAAGAAACCUCCCCAGGAAAUCGGAAUCAAAGUGAAAAAUCAUGCUGGAAGUGGAGUGUCUUUAACUCACAGUCAAAAUUUUAGAAAGCUGUUGAAUGAAAUCACAGGGGAAGCUGCACUAAGACUGGCAGAACUGAGUAUCAAAGAAUUUGCUGGUUUCCAAAUAGGGCUCUUAAACAAGGAUUUGAAACCGCAAACAUACAGAAAUGCUUAUGAUAUUCCACGUAGUGGUCUUUUAGACCAAUUAACCAGAAUGAGAUCUAAUUUACUGAAAACACACAAGUUUAUUGUUGGCCAAGAUGAAGAUUCACUUCAUAGUGUUCCAGUUGCACAAAUGGGAAACUAUCAGGAAUAUCUGAAGAUGUUGCCUUCUCCACUUCGAGAGAUUGAUCCAGACCAACCAAAAAGACUUCAUACUUUUGGCAAUCCAUUUAAACAAGAUAAGAAGGGAAUGAUGAUUGAUGAAGCAGAUGAGUUUGUAGCAGGGCCUCAAAACAAAGUGAAACGGCCUGGAGAACCCAACAGUCCUAUGUCAUCUAAGAGAAGGCGGAGUAUGUCCCUGCUGUUGAGGAAACCACAAACACCACCUACUGUAACUAACCAUGUGGGCAGAAAGGGAUCACUCUCAGCCUCGUGGUUCCCAUCUUAUCCAAACCUCAUAAAACCCACACUAGUACACACAGAUGCUACUGUCAUUCAUGAUUUCCAUGAGGAGGGAAUGGAAAAUGGUCAAACAGCACCUGAUGGCUUCUUGUCAAAAUCUGUCCCUCCAAAGCUCAUGAAUAUGGCAGGAGAUGAUAUUCUAUCCAACAAAUUGGAUUCUCCGUCUGAUGACUUCGCUUGUCUCAGGAAAGAUGGACUGAUUCACAAACCUGGUAGUAGUGCACUUGGAGGAGGAGCUGUAAACUGCAGCCUCUCAAUAGAUGGCCCCAAAGCCACAGCAAUGGCUACUUUGGAAACUGUGGCAAAUACAGUGCAAAUAACUCCUGCUAUGGCACAGGGGAUCAAUGCUGAUAUAAAACAUCAACUAAUGAAGGAAGUUCGAAAGUUUGGACGAAAGUAUGAAAGAAUUUUCAUUUUGCUUGAAGAAGUGCAAGGACCUCUGGAAGUCAAGAAACAAUUUGUUGAAUUUACCAUCAAGGAAGCAGCAAGGUUUAAAAGACGAGUCUUAAUUCAGUACCUUGAAAAGGUACUAGAAAAAAUAAAUUCCCAUCACUUUCUCAACAAAGUUAAUCACAUCAACAACAGAUCAUCAUGUUAUCGCAAAGAUCAAUGAGAAACAAGGACAAGUUUUCUGUGCUCUAAAAUGGAACAAGAUACUGCUGAAACUUCCUAGAGUGUGGCAGUCAAGGGAAUUGUCUUCCAGAGGCUAAAUAAAAGAAGUGGAGCUUUUCAGUGUUAUGAUUCUCUGUCAGUAAAAGCUGAGAUUUUGCCCUAAGAAUUUUCUUUGAAAGUAUAAUUUGUUGUUUUUUUGUUUGUUUUCCAUUUGAGGAAGGUGAUGUUAAUUGAGUAAACAUUGCUGCCCCUACCAAAGUGAUAAGGAUUCCUUCAUUUGAACUUUGCCCUUCUGGGCAUUUCCAAAGUGACGAGGGGCCACUUGUAAAUGCAGCACUACUUGGAGCUCUUACUAUGUCCUUUAGAAGGAAUAGGUGCACAGAAUCCAACCGGUAAUCUUGUGUAUGCCAAACAAAGUUUUCAGCAAUUCCUAGUUGUGCCUUUUAAACCAUGAAAGAUUCAGGCUAGUUUGAAUCAAAGUGUAAAGAAGCUGCUAUUUUGGGUUUUAUUAAACAAUAAAGGCAUCCCUGUAACUUAUUUCUCUGUGGGAGGGGGCAGGAGGGAGUCACAAAGCAAUCUACCUCCAACUCCUUUCUAUUUUGAUGAGAGACAUUAUAAAGUGCACCUGAGGCUGCCCAAACGCCUGCCAUCUGUUCUUUUUUGCAUGUAACAAAGGACAGAAAGUCUUAAGGUGGACUUGCACAUUCUGUGCUUUGGAAGCACUAAAAGAAAAACAAAAUAAUGUGUAUUUUUCCUUUAAUGUUUAUACAAAGUUUAUAUAGAGCAGUAUUGGUAUGUUUUUAUUAAUUUGCAAAAAUUUAAGUGUGCAAAAAUAUUUUGACUUUGCAUAUAUAAAAUAAAUUACUUUAUUGAUUUCCACAAAUGUAUUAAUGCUGGA